AUGAUGUGGGACGAGUGGGACGACGCCAAUUUCUCCCACACCGAACAACAGCAGCAACCCGACCCGGAUUCCCACUUGAAUUUCGAUUUCUUCUCCGACCUUUCCAAGCCCAAGGAUUACUAUAAGAUAUUGGAAGUGGAUUAUGAUGCCAACGACGACGCCAUUCGCUCCAACUACAUCCGCCUCGCCUUGAAAUGGCAUCCGGAUAAGCAAAAAGACCAGGACAGUGCCACCACCAGGUUUCAAGAGAUAAACGAGGCAUAUCAAGUUUUGAGUGAUCCAGUGAAGAGAAGAGAAUAUGACAAGCAAGGGAUGCUUUAUGUCUAUGAUUACAAUGUAACUGAGUAUCUUAAUCGCUACAAAGGUCUUAUAUUGACAUGCAAUGGCCUUGGGAUAAGGCAUUCAAUUUGGUGA